GCCGGCGGAGGCGGCAGCGGAGCCAUGGCCGCGUACCCGGGGCCGGGCUUCCCCGGCGCAGGACCGGCCCCCGGCGCGCCGUACCCUGGGGGUCCGUACGGAGGCGGCGCGGCGGCCGGAGGGCCCUACGGCCAGCCCGGCAGCGGCCCCCAGCCUGGGCCCUACGGAGGGCCGGCUCCCGGAGGUAAUGCCCCCCCAGGGGUGGACCCAGAGGCCUUCUCCUGGUUCCAGGCGGUCGAUGCCGAUGGCAGCGGGUACAUCUCAAUGAAGGAGCUGAAGCAGGCGCUGGUCAACUCCAACUGGUCAACGUUCAACGAUGAGACUUGCCUGCUGAUGAUAAACAUGUUUGACAGGACCAGGUCGGGUCGCAUAGACGUGUACGGCUUCUCGGCCCUGCUGCGCUUCAUCCAGCAGUGGAAGAGCCUCUUCCAGCAGUAUGACAGGGACCAGUCGGGCUCCAUCAGCGUUAACGAGCUCCAGCAAGCUUUCUCCCAGAUGGGCUAUAACCUGAGCCCCCAGUUCAGCCAGCUGCUGCUGGCCCGCUAUGCCCAGCACUCCCCCAGCGCUGGCAUCCAGCUGGACCGUUUCAUGCAGCUGUGCAUGCAGCUGCAGAGCAGCACCGACGCCUUCCGAGAGAAGGACACGGGGCUGCUGGGCAACGUCCGCCUCAGCUACGAGGAUUUCCUCACCAUGGUCGUCACACGCAUGAUGUGACACCCAGAGCCUGGCAGAGCCCCAGGGCCAGCAGCAGUAGAAGUGGAAGAGCCGUUCCCCCAGCUUGGAGUUCCAAUCCCUGAGUCCUGUUUGGGAUCUUCCUGGCUUCCAUUCCUUGUUCCCCACUCGGUGGCAGUGGGUGCUGCACCCAGCAAAAUACAGCCCAGAGCUGGUGUUGAGCCAUGGAGUGGGACAGCCAAAGCAGCAGCCUGUGCCAUGCCUCCCAGGGAGUGCUGAGAGCAUCCCCUGCCACACACCUCACCCCCAGCUGCUCCGUGCCCCUGCCUGCUGGGAUGUCUGCACUGGAACAUCCCAGUCUCAGCGUGCUUUUGGGGAUGCUCCAGUGACCCAAGAGCUGAACCUUUGUUUGAAGGGCACAAGCCAAGGCAGAGUUCAUCCUUCUUCAACUUACAGAUGGUUCUUCCUCACUGGGAAGAACUGACUGUCCAUCCUCUCAGCUUUCCUGGGGCUCUCAGCCCUGUUUCUCGCCAGGCUGCAGACAUGUGGCCCCUUCCAGCAGCCACACACGGGAUCAUUGACCUCCCCUUGUUGCCAAUGGCUGGAUUCUGUCUGCUGAAGCCAAACUCAGAACUGGUUUAGAGCUUAUUUUUACAGCUUUUGAAUAAAAGGCAGCGUGCACUGGG